GAAGUAGUGGACUCUAUGAAACUUGAUGCUUUAAUAAUAUAAUUAUUUGUUAAUUUAUUUCCUCCUAUUAAAUAGCUCCCAGAAAUGAAAAGAACAUGUUGAGUUCAAAUAUUAAAUUGGCAGUUGACCAUUGAGAAUGUGGGAGAUAUUAUUUGGACACCCCAAUUCAAUUCAAGAUUGUUGCUUUAUCUUUUAACUGUUCAUUCCUCAGCUUAAAAAGUAGGAGAAAAAACAGGAAUUGAUAAAGGGUCUGUGUUAAGUUAAGCCAAGAAUCUUGGUUUUAAGGAGCUAUUAAUGGAACAGAGAAAAGGGAAUUUAGUAUUUGCAGUAAAUGGAGAGAGGUUUGAGUUGCCAAAUAUUAAUCCUUCUACUACUUUGCUUCACUUCUUGCGUUCUGAGACUUGUUUCAAGAGUCCUAAACUUGGUUGUGGUGAAGGUGGUUGUGGGGCUUGUGUCGUUCUGGUCUCAAAGUAUGAUCCCAAGCUUAAAAAGGUCGAAGAUUAUAGCGUGAGUUCAUGCCUUACACUUGUUUGCAGUUUAAAUGGUUGCUCAAUUACUACAAGUGAAGGCCUUGGGAACACCAGAGAUGGUUUCCACUCUAUUCAUGAAAGAUUUGCCGGUUUCCAUGCUUCUCAAUGUGGCUUUUGCACUCCUGGAAUGUGCAUGUCAUUUUUCUCAGCUCUUAUCAAUGCCGAUAAAGGAAACAAAGCAGAUCCUCUGCCUGGAUUCUCUAAGCUUACUUCAUCUGAAGCCGAAAAGUCCAUAGCAGGGAACCUUUGUCGGUGCACUGGAUACCGGCCCAUUGCUGAUGCUUGCAAGUCUUUUGCUGCUGAUAUUGAUAUAGAGGAUUUGGGGUUCAAUUCUUUUUGGAAAAAGGGAGAUUCCAAGGAAAUGAAAAUAAGUAAAUUACCUCCUUAUGAUCCAACCAAGAAUUUUAGUACAUAUCCGGAGUUCUUGAAAAAUGAAUGCACCACAAAUUUGGACUCCACAAGGUACCCUUGGUACAGUCCUACUUCCAUCGAGGAGCUACAGAGCUUGUUGAACUCCAGUGUGGCGGAAAAUGGUGCGAGCUUUAAACUGGUGGUUGGUAAUACAGGCACAGGUUAUUAUAAGGAAACACAGCGAUAUGAUCAUUACGUUGAUCUCAGGUAUAUUCCUGAACUCUCAAUCAUCAAAAGAGAUCAGACAGGCAUUGAAGUGGGAGCAACUGUGACCAUCUCUAAACUUAUAUCAUUCUUGAAAGAGGAAAACAAAGGCAAUUUGGGUCCAUAUGGGAAGCUGGUGUCCGAAAAGCUGGUUAACCACAUGGAGAAGAUUGCUUCACCAUUUGUUAGGAACUCUGCUAGUGUGGGAGGAAAUUUGGUUAUGGCACAGAAGAAUGGUUUUCCUUCAGAUAUCGCUACAUUAUUUCUUGGCGUGGGUGCUACCGUUAGCUUGAUGACCGGUCAUGCACUUGAAAAACUCACAUGGGAGGAAUUAUUAUCGAGACCUCAAAUAGACUCAAGGACCGUGCUUCUAAGUGUUUGGAUCCCAUUUAAAGAAGAGAGUUCUCUCAAAACCUUUUCUAAGUUUUUGUUUGAAACCUAUCGAGCUGCUCCACGACCUCAUGGGAAUGCAAUAGCAUAUGUAAAUGCUGCUUUUGGGGUUGAUGUUUCUCUCUGCCAUAACGGCAUCCUGAUAAACGAUAUCCAGCUGGCGUUUGGUGCUUAUGGUACAAAACACUCAACAAGGGGUAAAAAGGUAGAGGAAUAUCUAACAGGGAAAAUAUUAAAUGCACAUAUUUUAAGUGAAGCACUUAAAUUAGUCAAACUAGCUGUGGUACCGGAAGAUGGGGCUUUACACCCAGAAUACAGAUCAAGCUUGGCCGUCAGUUAUGUUUUUCAGUUUCUUUAUCCCUUAGUUGAUGUUCAUUCUGCUAUUUUCAAUGGAAUCAAUGACAUCUCACUCGAGGAAGUUUCAAAAAGUAGUAAUGAUGGUGGCAUUAGUCAGGGGAGAAAACAAUCGCUACUGUCUUCUGCUAAGCAGGUUGUGGAAUCAAGUAGCGAGCACUAUCCAGUGGGUGAACCAAUGAAGAAGGUUGGAGCUUCCAUGCAAGCUGCUGGUUUGUACUCUCCUUUGGUAUUUUAUUUCAUCUUGUGCAUGUUAAGACAAGGUCACCUAUUAAAGGCCAGUGGAAUCCCACAAGUGGGGUCUAGAGAGGGUACUGUGUACGCAGGCCUUACCCCUACCCUAGGAAGGUAGAGGCGGUUUCCAAUAAUGAAUCGUCGUAUACAUUCACUAUAUUUGCAUUCCCUAAC